AGGAGAAAAAAAAGCAUCUCCCCACCCAGCACUGCUCAGUGGUGUUGAUUCCCCAAGACCCCCGUUUUGGUAAUCAGCUAAAACCUGGUCUGGAGACUGGAGGGGAGCCAUGCUGGAGCAUCUAAAAGGCUUUGGGGAAUCAGAGAUGCUGCUUUCAUCACAAGUCAGGAGGAUAUGGAGACUGACAGACAAGCCGCAGAGGAUUUGACAACAACAGAAAGAAGUGGUCCCUGAGGCCUGACGCAGCCCAGGGAUGGCCCUCGUUGAACUGAAAUGGAGUUUGUUCCAGGUCAAGGCUCUAGUCUGCUCCCUGCUGGUCCUCCUAUGUGCUCACACGGCCACAGGAAUGUCAGGGUGGGGUGGAUGCUUGGAUGGCGAGGACAUAUUUGCAACAGUCAGAGAAAACAGCCAUGCAGGAGAAGUUGUUGCUCAACUCAUGGCUGAAACCACAAUGGAGGGGGUUCAGUGGAGCCUGGAUGGAAAGGAUGCUGAUUGGUUCUACUUGGAUAAAAGAGGCAUCCGGCUGAACACAUCAGCUGACAAGGUCCUCGACCGAGAGGCUGAGGGUCCUGUCCUCAUGGCUGAGUUGUCAUGUUAUGAGGACGACACACUUCAGAGUGUGUACAGGAUCAUGGUGGAGAUCAUCAAUGAGAAUGAUAACUUCCCUGUGUUUGAUGAAGACACUGUCCAGUCUCUAGUUAUCAGUGAGCUGACCCCUGUGAAUACUGUGGUGUUUACUGUCCAGGCCACAGAUGCGGAUAACGACAAGAUCAUUUACUCCAUUGACCAGGCAUCAUCUGAUGCCGAGUACUUCAGGGUCGAUCUGCCCAACAGCGGAGAGGUGAUCCUGUCCAAGCCUCUCGACUAUGAGAAAAAAACCCUGCUUACUGUCACCAUCCAUGCCUCAGAAAUGAAUACUGCUGAGCACUACAACACCAGCACCAACAUCACCAUCACUGUUCUGGAUGGAGAUGACCAGUACCCACAGUUUCUGCCCUGCACGCUGCUUUUCCAGGAUGAGACCAGUCGCAUCUGCACCAGCCCUGUGUACACAGUCAAUGUCACAGAGGGGGAAGAGGACAUUGUGUUGGACUUCUCUCCUGGUCCCAUUCAUGCAGUGGAUGGAGACAGAGGACUCAGCUCUCCACUCAGUUACACUAUUCUCUCAGGAGACGAUGAUGGGCAUUUCGAGAUGGACAGAGAGACGGGGGAGAUUAAACUAAUUCAUGGGGUUGGAGACAAACUCACAACUCCAGAGCUGCAUCUACAGGUCAUGGCAUAUCAGGACGACGACCCCAGGAAGUAUUCUGUUGCUACUGUGUUGGUCCGAGUUCUGGCAGUGAACCAUUUUUAUCCAGAGUUUGACAGGACUGAAUAUCAAGGCUUUGUAACUGCCGGAAAGAGCUCUGCCUCUCUGGUCAAUACAUAUGGGAGCAAAGCGCUGAUGUUACAUGUGCAAGAUCAAGACUUUACCCAUGGUUUCAAUCCCAUGAUCCACUUCACCCUCAGUCCUACAUCCAAUCACACAGACAUCUACCAGAUCACACAGGAGGGGCUUCUGAUCGCCAGGACCAAUCAACUCAAACCAAAACAGAAACAUGUUCUGGAGGUAACGGCAGUUGACCUGGAGUCGGGUGAUGCCACCUUUGCUACUGUAGUGGUGGAGGUUUUAUCUGAAGGACAAUCAAUCCCUAUCAGUCCACUGGGAGAUGACCGACCCUUAAGCUGCACCAUGGGCAAAGCAAUGUUUCUGAGCAUGGUGUUCAUGACUGUACUUGGAUGUAUCCUGUCUGCGGCGAUGUGGCUGAAGAAGAAACACAAGGGGAAGAGGGACCCACUGCAGAGAGGCUGUGUGGCCCAGGGCAAACACCCCAAUGUGAGCUUACGGUGGUUCCAGCUGGCAAGUCACCGUAGCGGCAUGCCGCACACAGAGGAAGUAGCAUACAACGAUGAGGAAUAUGGAACCUGCAAUCCUUCCUUCAGCUUGCCAGACAAUCCUGGAAAAUACACUCAACAAGACCUCCCCUCCUGCCGAGGACCUGCUCCACCCAACACCAGCUCCAUUUCAACAGAAACUGCACUCUUCAAUAAUGAUGUUUCCACACCAACCAAAAACUCCUCUAGUUCACCCAACUUCCAACCAACCACUGUGGAUGCGAACCCCACACAUCCCGCUCAAGAUGCUGCUCCGUCUGUAGAAACCCCUGGCACACCAACUGAUAAAUCUCUUGACCCUACUGACGCUCUACCGAACACCAGUCCUAGUCCUGCAACCCCCGAUGCCACCAGCACUCCACCACUCACCUGUCCUGAUUCACAAACAACCACCAACGAUGACCCUGCCGACCCCGUCACCAGCCCCUCCUCUCAGUCCAGUAUUCCAUGCAGUCAUACCCGAAUCGCUUCAGCAGAAAUAGACAAACCCUUCGGCAAACCUCGUGUGAAAACACCCCCAUAUUCACCUUUACUCUCCUCACCCCUCACCAAGCAGACAGGCCCACCCCCACCCACCCCAGAGCAUGCACCUUUAAAAGCAAAGCUUGUACGUGUAGAUACUGACACACCUCCAGUAACACCAGAGCGAACACCUAUGACUCUAAGCACAGAGGAAGACGGACCCUGCACAUCACUGGACCAAACAGAGCCAUCAGAGUGCCCGGGUGAGGCUGUAGAUGCCAACAGUCCAUCUCAGGACAGGAGGCCCUCGACGAAUUCAGGCAACACGCAGGGCAGCCGCGGGGAAGCGGACGAUGAUGGUUUUCUGGGAGAUGAAGAUGCAGACAAGAACAGUGUGGAUGAUGAUGAGUUAGAGCCAGAUGAGGAGGAGCUGCUGAGAGUGAUGGCUCGUUGUAAUCCUAUUUUUAUCACAUUUAGUAAGUGAUGUCACUAUAACAUUGAGGGAACUGAGACUGACUGGGUGGACAACAGGGAAUGGAGGAGGUAAGGUGAAGACUGCAGACUAUAGUGUGGUUCUGCUUUGCUGCAGGUACUUCCUAAGACAAGGAAGAGGACAGAAUAUACAGCACAUGGGCCACAUAAAAGAAGACAUUGUAUGUUCACACACUGUAUAUGUAAACAUAGACAUUUAACAAACACAUAAUGCUGUUUCACUGAUAUCAUACAGUUAGCCUAGAGGAGCAAUACGUGAUCUUGAAUGCAUAUAAAUAGUCAAGGAUAAAACAUACUCAUGCAUGGCAAGGUCAGUACAACUAGAACAGCCUGAAUUAAUCAAUAAAGAAUCAAAUGUAUUGUCUAUAUUGUGAAUGUUUACAAAUUCUAAUGAGAUUUUGUGUGUGCGCGUUUUUUAAAGGUAAGUCCACAUGAAAUAAAAAACUGCUGCACUUCUUUGUCAUCACAUUUAUUCUCUGAAUAGCUGCAGAGUACUACAAGAUGUUCUCACAUUGAUGUUCUGUUCUGCCCACUCUGCAUGAUGCCUCAGUUUUUUUCUUGAACAUGAGUAAAGUGAUUGUCAAACUAAAACAAUGAGCCAGGUGUAGUUAUUCAAGCAAAAUUAUAAACCCUACCAGCGUUUAUGGGCGGGGCACUGAGGCAGAGAAGUGGAUUUAUUAUACAUGCUUAACAAGUGGCUCCAGAGUCACAUGCGUCUCUUUAGCCCCUCUCCAGUGACUCCCUGUGGCUUUGACAAAAAAAUUACAUGUAAAUGAAGAAGUUAUUUUUCAUUUAUCAUUGUUGAAUGUCUAACAUGACUCCUGCAUUGUCCAACUGUUCACUUUUAACAUUCUGUCAAUUGAGAUGUGUGUCAUGAGGUGCCCAUUAGCUCGCCUGGUGGAGCGGGCACCCCAUGUACUGGGGCUUUUUCCUUGCCGUAGUGGCAGCUGGCUCGAUUCCAACCCAUGGCCCUUUGCUGCAUGUCGUCCCCCCCUCUCUUUCCCCCUUUAAUGCUAAAAACUGUCCUGACGAUUAAAGGCAAAAAAAGUCCUAAAAAAUAUCUUUUAAAAAAAAGUGUCACAUGUCUACCGCCUGGCACCUUUUUCUCUAAAUUUUGCCGAAUCUCAAUAGCUGGCUAGUCAUAGUCAUGGCUAGUAUUUAGUCUUCCUAACCAGAUGCCAAAUCCAUAAGAGGGAAAGUCUUGGAGAAUUUGAUGCAUGGAUGAAUUUGUUUGCUUUUGCCACCGUCGCUGCAAGUUGAAGUAUCCAAGUAAGUACCAAAGUAUAAAUAGCCCUCUGCAAAGUAGCAACUUGUGGUAAAACAUACUGUAUUAAUAAAUGCUUUAGACAAAUUUGUAUUGAUGACAGGCUGUUUACCUUCAUUGUAAAGCUCAAAUAUGUUUUCAUAACAGGUUGCUGACCCGUGUUAAACUAAUCCCUCAUGCUAGAAACUUUGCUCUUUGACUUGAACGUGACACUUACAGCUGAGAAGGAUAAACUGGGGCUGAGACAAAGAGGAGCUCUAGCUAAAUGCUAAUGUAAAAAUGCUAACAUGCUGAUGUUUGGUAGAUGUAUAUUAACCAUGUUCACUAUCUUAGCUUAGCAUGUUAGCAUGCUAACAUAACAUUUGCUAACUAGCACUGAACACAACUGAGGCUGGUGGGAAUGUCAUUAAUCUAAUUGAAUCAGCAAGUAUUUGGUCAUGAACCAAAGUAAGUUACCGGAGAAAUUAAACAAAGGGAGAGGAAAAACAACAGAGAGAUGCUGUGUAAAAUAAAGAUAGGACGGCUUGUGUUCAGAUUAUCAAAUAUUUCCAGUUCUUUUUUGGUGGUGAAUACAUUUGAUGAGUUUAACUGUUUCACUGAAGCUCCUAAAUGCCAGACUGAAAAAGAAAAACUGCUGAAAACAGCAAUUGUGUUCAUCAGAGCUUUGUAUAAAUUAAAAAAUGAGAUGAAGUGUGUUUGACAUAUAUGCCGAGUUGUACAUGGGACAAUAAAGCCUCCCCAAGCUUCAGUUGCUUGAUACAGGAUAGCAGGGACAUAUCUGGAAAGUAGUCCAGCAUUAAUUCUGUGAUACUUCGAGUGUCUUUAGAUUAAACUAGCCAAUAUUUGAUCUAUUAUGGGGGAGACUGGGGGGCAAAUGAUUCUCCUGAAACUGAUGGUGAGAGGAAAAGGGUCUGAAACAACAACCCCGGGUUCAGUGGGUCAGCAGCUUGAAGAAAAGCAGGAAACAGGGCAUUGCCUUAAAAGGAAAAAAGCUGCGAAGAACAGGGAUGACGAUGCAACACUGAAAAAAAAAACCAACUUCCACUUCAUACAUGACCAUGAUCUUUUUAAAAGUAGUUACUAGAAAUGUAAAGUUUGAGAACAACCUCUGAGAACAACUGCUUGGUUACCGAGUGACAUUAAUAACCUUCACAUGUAAAACCGGAGCUUAAAGAAUGCAGCAAACUAUGAGCUCCAAUUUUAUUUGUUUUUAUUGAGACAUUCUUCUCAAUCACAAAAACUGGACCUGAUUGUUAGAGUGCUCCGUUUGCAGACCAACAACUUAUUUACAGAAAAGUCACUAGUGAAAGGGUGGUCGCUGCAGUGAGCCUGUAAAAAAACAUUAUCAUAUACAUUAUAGUAUACCAUAAAAAUCCUCAACAGUGGUUAUAAA